CACCAGCUGUCAUCAAUCAUUAAUAUGUUAUUGUACAAGUGAUAUAGUUACUGAAUACAUUACGAUGGGCGGAAUCCAGCGGUUUGUGAUAUUGGUGGCUGGCUUGUGGUUUGUAUCUGUAGAUGCCAGGCGGAAACUGAAGCGAGACCACCAGGAAAUUAUUAAUAGUUAUGAUGACGUGUCCACAGGAGACGAUGACUAUGAGUUAGAGCCGUGCCAGUGUGGUGUGUUUAUGUCCCAACAAAUGGGCUUUAGGGACGGUCGACGCACGAAACCCAAGGGUCCACCCACGGGAGAACCGGUUGUUACAUACGACACGGAUGGCCCCAGCCUACCCUGUGGAUCCAUCGGUUUCAAACACUGCAUCAGCACUUGUCUAGAUGUGAUAUUGAAGUACCUACCGCGCGCUGGGCCAGUGAUUUGCGGCGCCGUGGAGCGUGACGUUCACCGCGAGAAGGCGUUCCUUUUUGUCAGAAAUUGUGGCGGCGAAUGGAAUCCAACAAAUUUCUCUGCUGGCAAGGAGUUUUGUUGUACAGAUGGGAAACAUCAUAAGUGUUAACAUUAGUUUUUCUACCCUAUGACUAUCACAGGGUAGCAAAACAUGUUCUUAAUUCAAAUUGAAUUGUCGAUUUUAAAAAGAGAAUUACCUUAUUAGAAAACCAUAUUACGAGAAGUCUUUUUUUAAAAUUGAUAAAUGAUUUUUCUUUUUAAUUUUAGCAACCUAAAAAGAAAAAUUUACAUUUUGUAAUAUUAACGUUUAUUGUUUUAUAUUAGUUAUGGUCAGCAUCACAUUAGGUACUCAUUUAGUUUAAUUCUUUAAUUUAAGUUAGUAAAAUAAGUUGAAUUAUCUCGUGGUUUCGUUAUGCAAUAAGUAGAAAUUAGAUUUAAGUUAUAUUAUGUACAUAA